AAUGGGGGAUUUAGUUCUGUUAUCCCUCGACAGUGGGCAUGCGCAGUGAGUGGUGUUUGUUUUGAUACACACUGUUUUGCCGCGAAAAAUGUACAGUAACAGCGGCAUGUCAGUAUCUUUUCACCGUCCUGCCCCGGUUUUCACAACAGAAGAGCGUCCCCUGUCUACCAAAAAAGCCCGAGGCACACCAAGGUUUGCUGCGCCCCCAAGAGCCCCAGUCAAGAGUUGUCCAGUUACAAGAAUAUUUUCACGAAUAAAUGAUUGUGAUGGACCUCAGCCUGUGUCAUUUCGGGAAGAUUCAGACACUUCCUUCAUUGUUCAGAGUUCAGUGUACAGUGCAAAGAAGCCUGAGCUGUAUUUUGAACAAUGUUAUACCAUAGAGGAAAAGCUCGGUGCUGGCUCCUUUGGGGAGGUGUAUCGUGUCAGGAGCAAAGAGGAUGGAUCCCUGUAUGCCUGUAAGAAGACGUUACUUCGAUUUCGUGGUGAAGGAGACAGGCAGAGACGAAUGAAGGAAGUACAGAAGCAUGAGAAGUUGGCAAAGCACAAUAACUGUGUACAAUUCUACCGUGCAUGGGAGGAGCGGCAACACCUCUACCUUCUAACUGAAUUGUGCAGAACAUCCUUGGCUGAUGUAGCAGAAGACAGACAUGAUCUCCCAGAGUCCAUUGUGUGGGAGUACUUGGUGGAUUUGCUACAGGCUGUAAGGCAUUUACACAACCAUAAACUUGUUCACAUGGACAUCAAGCCUGAGAACAUUUUUAUUGGCUUUGAUGGGCUGUGUAAGCUGGGUGACUUUGGUCUAGUCAUUGAUUUAUCACAGGGUUCUGAUCAUGAAGCUGUGGAAGGAGAUCCAAAGUAUUUAGCACCAGAGCUUAUGAAUUUGGAAUUUGGUCCCCCUGCUGAUCUCUUCAGCUUAGGGAUGACCAUUCUGGAAUUAGCCACAGACCUUGACCUUCCAAAGCAUGGAGAUGCUUGGCAAAAGCUCAGACAGGGUGAGCUUCCUCCUGCAGCCAAAGGUGUUUCUAAGGAACUUCAGAAAUUGUUGCUUGGUCUGCUACAUCCAGAUCCAAAGAAGAGGUUGACGGCUGACCUUGCUCUCUCACUUCCAGCGAUUAAAAGAGUUCUCAUUCGCAAGGGCAUUAAGGAUGCCUUAAGGAAAUCGGUGAUGAGAGUCAAGACAAUGAUGACACAGACUUGGUUCUUCAUUGUCUUCUGUUUGUUCUUCUUGGUAAAGCCAAUUACUUAUCUAUGGAAGAAGACACCAGAAGAUAACUUAAACACUUCAAAAGUGAAUAGUUCUGGAAUUAAUAUAACUACAGACUUCUCAGAUGGUGAAGAUCUGAAUGACCACAGUCUUGCCCAACCUCUGUGUGACCUUUCCUCAUCUAGCAGUGAGGGAUCCCAGUUUCUUAGCAAGCCCUGUGUGAACUCUACUCCAAUCAGCUAUGGAAAAAAUUAUAACUUUAUGAUGGCCUCACCAACCAGCAGAAGCAGCCCACACUCAAGUUCGUAUGAUGAUGGAAGCCCAGUUCUGUUCCGCAAACCUGCCCCACUUUCCCGAAGUAACCAUUCCUUUAGACAGCAAAUGAAUGAUAGUGGACCUCUUUCCUCAUCCAACCAUGACCAGCUUAGUCCCAUUAAUACGAGUAAUGAGACAUUCCUUAUUACUUCAAAAAACCUUAUUUCCUUGUUCAAUGCUGCAGAAUUUGAUGAUGAUGAUUGAACUAUGUACCUGUUUUGUAUUUAUAUGUAUUGAAAAGUUAACAGAGUUCAUUGGUGUAUGUUGGAGUGAACAGACUUUAAAAAUUCACUAUGAAUGUCUGGUAUUUGAAUCACUAUGUACUGCUGUUAUUACUUAGAUCAUUACGGGGGUUGUAGUUUUUUUUUUGUCAGAAACUAAGUCAUCUGCAUUUAUUGAAUUACUUCAUUAAGAAACUAAAAAUGAUUAGUUAUACCAUAUAACAGAUGUAGAUGUGUGUGUGUGUGUGUGCAUACAUUUAAGCUUUGUUUACACUGAUGCAUGUCUCUGUGUACACGAUGCUUAUUUGUAUAUGUGUUGAAUGGUUGAUCAGUGCAAUGUUGAGGCUGCCUGCAGUUGUAGUGAAUAACCCCAUUGUUUGGCAGAGGAGCAACUGUAGGUUGAUAUAGUAUCUUGUACUAGAGUAUGAAUAGGAAAAAAUUGUGUUUCUAUUUUAUUUCUCUUUAUAUUUUUCUACAUUGAUAUAUUACGUUAUGAAAGUACACUAUUGGUUUUGGAUUCAAGGGAUUUACCUUAAAUGUCUAUGUAGAAAUGUUUUUUCCUAUGCUUUUACUUAAUAUAGAUGUCAUAAUAACAAUCAUCUGAGUUGUUGCAAAACUCUGCAAUACAUCUGAGCCUAUUGGUAGAUUUAUAAUUAUAUUCUAUCGGAGAUCUGUAACAAAUUUAUAAUAUAUUUUCCUUUUGUUAGUCAUACCCAUACAAAUAAUAGGAGUGUAUAUAUAAUACAUUUGAUACUAAAUUCAUAAUUGAAAAUGUGCAUAUUAUGUGGAACAAAGUUUUCUUAGCAAAGAAAAGAUCCUAAUUGAAUAUGUGAUUGAAGAGUGAUUAUUUUAAGAGAAUUAUUUGGUUUUGCACCUCAAACAAAUAAGAAAAAUAUGCAUAUUGAAAAUAUUUUCUUUGCUGCAGUAUCAAAUAAUGUAUUUUUAUUUAUGAAGAUAGUCAUACACUUUCAGUACAUCAGGUAACAUGGCUGCCUUUUUAAUUUGUAGCAUUGUGUACUCAGUAGGUGAUAAAGUAGUCUACAAACUUGUUUUUAAAAGAAAAUAUUAUGAUCAUACUUUUGUAAAAUAUAUUCCAACUAUUUAUCUGAACCUAUCUCCAACUAGCCAAUAAUUUCAUUAAUAGUGUCAAAAUCUUUUGAAAUCCAACUCCCCACGAGAUUUCUGCUAUCUAGCCAAAAACAUCUCCAGUAACUUUGCUUUUUCAUCUUUCCCUCUUUUAUUUGAUCCUGAUAGCACCACUGUCAUCUCAUCUAUUUUUAAAGCUGAACUCUUUUCUUCUGAAAUCUGGAUGAUUCAGGGCCUGUCCUCCUCUCCCCUUUGACUAUUUCAUGCUACCUAUAAAAAUCCUUUGCAGUGAUGCUUUCCAUGCCCUUGUUUGGCCUAAAUCCUCAGAAGGCUUAUAGACCUUAUGGGGUUCCUCGUAAUGUUCUCUGAAACUGUGCCUCCAUGCUUACACCUUACCUAGUCAAACUCUUUCAGCUGUCUAUCAAGAUUUACCUUUCCUUGCUGGAAGUUUGUCUACAUUCGACCUAUCCCUUACUCUGUCCACAUCUCUAAUGCAAGAGUUGACCAGUACUCUCAUUUGUUCUUUCCUAUCUAUGGUAAACUGUGGAACUUCCCGCCUGCAUCUGUAGUUCCACCUUCCUAUGAUUUGAACUCAUUUAAGAGAGGUUUCAAGACAUUUAUCCUUUAGUUUGGGCCGACUCUUGACUGUUUAGGGACUGGCAUCUCAGUGAGCUUAUUAUUUUUUCAUUAUUUUUUUAACCUUAUUUGUUGCCUUUGGCCAGUUCCUCUUCUACAUUAAGGGAAAAAAAAAAAAAAAAAGUGAUGCCUCAGUCUCUAGGAACUCCUGGGGAGCUGCAGCAACUUAGUACAUCUGUGCCUUACUUUGCCUUAUGUUUAUCUUGUGUACAGUAUUUAAGUGCAUCAGUUUAAAGUAAAAAAAAACUUGUCAUAAAUAUUCAGCAAAAUAUUUAACAGUUAUAUAAGGAUAUUGUAAGUUAAGUAGCUCUGGUUUAGAAAAAAAUUGUCAUAGGAUUUGAUGAAACAAAUUUUCAAGGCCUUUGUUAACCAUUAGUGUCCUUAAUAGUCUUCCAUUUAUAUAAAAAAGUGUUUCCAAAGACAAUCUGGUUAAAAAAUAUUAGAGUACAGUUUUGAUGGUGGGGAGAGAUGUACAUCUUAUUUAUAUCAAUUGUGUUGAAAAAUAAAAUACAGUAAAACAAAGUAAA